GACACACAUUCACAAACCCACCACCAACCCAAACCCGUCCAAAUUCGCUCAGAAGUUUGGAGGUUCGGAGAAAUGUGGCCGAUGCGGAGACUCUGUGUUCGCAGCGGAGAAGAUCAUGGGGGCGGGAAAGCCGUGGCAUAAGAACUGUUUCCGCUGUGCAAAAUGUGGCAAAAGCCUGGAGUCGACCACUCAGACGGAGAAAGACGGAGAGAUCUACUGCAAAGCUUGUUACGCUAAGAACUUCGGACCUAAAGGCUUCGGUUACGGUCAGGGAGCCGGAGCUCUGGUCCACGCUCAGUGAAGAUCCUGAACAAAAAACAACAUUAUUGUCCUUGUGUUUCCUCCCUGCUCAUGACACGAAUAAAAACAUUACCAAACUCCA